AUGUCUAAUGAUUACUCAUUCAGUCAUUCUAAAACUAAUAUAAUUAUUCUUAGUGGUGGAAUGAUUGCUUUAGGUGCAGUUAUUGGUUAUAUUUUUGGUACUUGUACUAACAAAUCUAGUAUUAUUAAUCAUUCAAUUAAAAAAAAAACUGACAAAGUUGUAGAUAUUAUUGAUAUUGAAGAUUUAAAAAUUAAAAAUACAUUAUGUAGAUGUUGGAAAAGUAAAGAUUUUCCUUAUUGUGAUGGUUCACAUAAUAAGCAUAAUUCUGAUAGUAAAGAUAAUUUAGGACCUAUUAUUAUAAAAGAAAAAUAA